AUGCCGCUCCUCCCAAGCAAACUACGAACGUACAAAUACCCGGGUCGGAAAUGUCCCGUCUGCUCUGGUAAUCUGUACUUCUCCAAGGCAACGAACAGCUUCGCAUCGGCGACUUGCCUUGACAGUGAAACGCUUACACUGGUGCGGUCGCAGGCCUCACGAUGCAAUAGCUGUGGUAGUGCACUUCGUCACAACUUCGUCUGGUUGGGUGGCCAGAAGAUCAACUGUAUGACCUUUCACCAGAUGCAGAGAGCAGGUGUCUACUUCGUGACCCAGAAGACGUGCUUCACCAUGAAGUACCUGCAUCUGUGCUACCUCCGCCUACUCCGUGCCAAGACCUCCCCUGGACAAGAAGCCGCUGUUCGUCUCCUGGCAGAUUCGCACCACCCGCUACAGUUUUGGCAAGAACAUUCCUUGCGCGAUAAUCUCCUGCACGCCCUCGAGGGCUUCGCCGUGGCCAAGAAUGAGCCGGAUAAGGUCAUAGAGUUUAACCUUGAGUACCCCGCGAAGUCCAUCGUGAACAUGUCCGGUGCGUCGUCCCACGUCCAUGUCUUCGAGCCGCCCACGUCCGUUACCGCGGUCUGCUGCGACGGCAACUUCGGAGUUCAUCGUGCUCUGCUUUCAGGAGUGGACCCUCCCAGGUCUGUGAGACUGAAAGGCAAGCCACGCAAGCUCAUUGGUGAUUUCACACGCACAUGCUCCUGCAAACAGAAGGACGCUGUACGUCAGGUGCUACCCGAUCGGACUGCUGGAUGGCAAUUUGUCUUGGACCCUUCCUCUCAACGUCUUCUUGGGGCUUGCGAACAUCUCGUAAAUGAACGGUCGUCCGACAAAGUUCGACUCCUGCAAGCCGUCCUCGAUAUGCCAAACAUGAAGGUUGACCUCAUUAUCCAUGAUGAUGCCUGCCACUUGGAGGAGUCCGUUGUAGCUUUCUUCGUACUCGCGAUGCCGUACUCGGUGGUGUCCGUUUCAGGCCACAUGUCCCGCAAGGGCGGUGGCAAGUUCACCCUGGACUUGGGUGUGAGCGCUGCGGACUCAACCCCGGACCGCGAACCUCCGGCAGCUAAGACGUUGCACCAGCAGCUGCAGGAUGGAAGCCUCCCGGCACAUCCGUCCAAAGCGGCUAUGACUGUUCGUAAUCUACAGACCCAGAUCGCUAACAUCAAGCGCAGCGUGGGUUUGGGGUCGAAUAGCUGGUCCGAUGAAGCUGAGGAGGCCCUUAAGACUUGGCUACGUCGCCCUAAACUGUCUUCGGCUUCUUCCUCCAUUUCCGGGGACCGCGACAGUGGGUCAAGUCUCAAACGUAAGAUGCUCGUGAUGGCCCAGACGAUCGACGACCUCGAAGGCGUAGUGGCUCGCGCCCAGUGGGAGGCAGAAAAGCACGAAGAGACCGUGACUGAGCUCAAGAAGCUCAAGGCUAUUCUCAAAGAGAACGGCCUUCAGCAUCUGUAUGAGGAAGCCUCAUGA